CAGAGAAGCUUCUGAAUUCUUGUGCCAUCGGACUGCAUCAAGAUGAUGAAAAAAGCCAAGGUUUUAGAUCCAACUGCUGCUGGGCAAGGCGGCAUCAAAAGGAGAUCUAAGGUUCCCGGUGUUAUGAUUACACAGUACAUUGAGGAACUUCCUGAGGGGAUGACAACUCCAGACUUCACACGUAAACCCAUCGCUUUAACCAUUCAAGAAGGAAAACUAGCCAUUUUUAAAGCCAAAGUGUUUGGAAACCCAGCUCCCACUAUAACCUGGCAUAGAGCAAAAGGAGAAAUGAAUGAUCCCCAAAAGUUUCAGAUCAAAUAUGACCCCACAACUAGUGAACACACUUUGGAGAUACCUAAAGUUAGUGGUGAUGAAGUCGACACUUACAAAUGCUAUGCCUCAAAUGAAUAUGGAAAAGCUGUUUGCACUGUUGUCCUAAAUGUCAUUGAAGUUGGAUUCAAAAAGGACAAAGAAAUGCAAAAGGCUGAAGGAACUACAGCAAGUGACCCAACGGAGUUUAGAAAGAGACUCAGGAAAAGUGCUGGUAAAAAAGCUGAGGAGAAAAAGGAAGGUGACAUUGACGACUCUGUAUGGGAAUUGCUGCUGAGUGCAGAGAAGAAAGAAUAUGAACGCAUUUGCAUCGAGUAUGGCAUCACUGAUUUCCGUGGCAUGCUGAAGAAACUGGUUGAGAUGAAGAAGGAAAGAGAAGAGGAGCAGGCACAGUUCAUCCAGCAUCUCCGUAACCUCAAGCACAUUGAGGUGAAAUCUGAGGAUGCUGCAACCUUUGAACUGGAAAUGGAGCUCAAAGACCCUAACAGUCGCAUUUUUCUGUAUAAGGAUGGUGUCAUGAUUCCAUACAGCAAAGACGUUGAAGGCGAAAUGAAGCACUGUCUAAAACAAGUUGGCAAGAAGUAUAUCUUCACUGUUAAAAAUCUCAAUCCAGAAGAUGCCGGAAUCUAUCAAGUGGAUGUUGAGGGUGUCAAUAUCUUUUCAACUGAUUUCAAGGUUCCCCUCGUGGAUUUUGCCCUGAAGAUUAAGGAGGUGACGGCCCAAGAGAGAGAGGAUGCCAUCUUUGAGUGUGUUUUAACUAAGCCCAUUAGUAAGAUGGUUUGGACCCUAAAAAAUACACCUCUCUUUAACAAUGAGAAAUACGAUAUUACGUGUUCAGAAGAUAAACUGAUCCACAGUCUGAGAAUUAUUGAUUGUAUGCCUUUGGAUGCUGGAAUCUAUGCUGCUAUAGCCGGCAUUAGAUCUUGCAGUGCUUGGCUGAUUGUAGAAGCUGACAAAGAUCCUGCAACAAAGGGGAAGAAGAAAACACGUAAAACCACUCAGGCAGGUGGUUGUGGUGAAGACUUGCUGAAGGUUGCUGCUGAGCAGGCAGAGAGGAACAAAAAGGAGAUAGCAGAAGCUUUGGGGGCAGCUAAGAAAUUCCAGGCUGAAAGAGAGGCAGCAGAAGCUGAAGCUAAAGCUAGAUCUGCAGCUGAAUCCGAAGCAGCAAAAGCGGCAGCACAGGUGGCAACAGCUGCUGCGGCCGCAGCUGCUAAAGCUGCACAGGAUGCUUUUUCCGCAGCUAAAGCCAAAGGUAGAUCUGAGGGUGAAGCUAAAGCCGCAGCAGAAGCAGGUGCACAGGUUGCAGCAGCUAAAGCUAAAGUCAGUGCUGAGGAGGAGGCCAGGAAGCAGGCUGAAUUCAAGGCCUUAAGUGAAGGUCUGAGUGCUGAGCAAGCAGCUGCGGCAGGGGCUGCAGCAGCUGCUGCGAUGAAUGCACAGGCAGCUGCUGUGGCAGCAAGUCUUGGGAAGGCUGGAGCUACAGGUGGAGUUGGAGGUGGUGCUGCAGAGGUGGUAGGAUCAGUAUGGGCUGCAGGAGCUACAGGUACUGGAGAAGCUGGAGGAGCCACAGGAGCUGGAGCAGCCGGAGGAGCCCCAAGAGCUGGUGGAGCCACAGGAGCUGGAGGAGCCAGAGGAUCCACAGGAGCUGGUGGAGCCACAGGAGCUGGAGCAGCCGGAGGAGCCCCAGGAGCUGGAGGAGCCAGAGAAGCCACAGGAACUGGUGGAGCCGCAGGAGCUGGAGGAGCUGGUGGAGCCGCAGGAGCUGGAGGAGCCAUAGGAGCUGGAGGAGCCAGAGGAGCCACAGGAGCUGGUGGAGCUGGUGGAGCCACAGGAGCUGGAGGAGCCAGAGGAGCCACAGGAGCCACAGGAGCUGGAGGAACUCGUGGAGCCGCAGGAGCUGGAGGAGCCAGAGGUGCCGCAGGAGCUGGUGGACCCACAGGAGCCGGAGGAGCUGGUGGAGCGGGAGGUGCCAGAGUAGCUAGAGGGGCUGAUGGAGCCGGAGGUGCCGGAGGAGCUGGAGGGGCUGAUGGAACUGGAGGAACCAGUGGAGCUGAUGGAGCUGGAGGAUCCGUUGGGGCUGGAGGAGCUGGAGCUGAUGGUGGGGCCGGAGGAGCUGGUGGUUCUGGAGGAAGCGGUGGCGAGGGAGGAGAUGGAGGAGAGAAGAAGCGUCAAAGAGCAGGACCUCUUGUACCAGAGACUGUCUUAGGAAACUCAAACAUGCUCAGCACAGUUCCAAAUGUGAGCAUGGAGCGGUGUAAGCAAGAAGGGGAAGUCGAGGGCUGUACUCGUGUAAGACAAGGCCCACUGAUGCCAGACACAGUAACUGGUGGGGGUAACCCAUCAGAUAAAGAAAAAACAUCAGGGUAUGGCAAGCCAUCAGGUUCCGGUAAUCCAUCAGGUUCAGGAAACUCGUCAGGUUCUGAAAAUCCUUCAGGUUCUGGGAACCCAUCUGGAUCUGGUAACACUUCAGGUUCUGGCAGCGCUUCAGGUUCGGGGGACUCACCAGGCCCCGGAAAGCCACCAGGUCCUGGAGGGUCAUCAGAGGGCAGCACUGAAGCUACAGAGGAAGAAAAAGAAGCUGAAGAUGAAAAGGAUGCGUCAGCUAAAGCUGGCAAGCGUUCAGGCUGUAAAAAACAGGGCCCACAGGUUCUGGAGACAGCUGCUGAUCCUGGUGUUCACUUUUCUGCUGGGCUGGAAGACUGCAAAGCUAUUGUGGGAGAAGCAGCUGAACUGGUCUGCAAACUUAGCAGUGCUGAUUGUAAUGGCGCCUGGUCCAAAGAUGGCAAUGAGAUUACUGCCUCCACUGAAGGUAUAACUAUCAGUAAAGAGGGAGCUGUUCACAAACUUAAAAUUGCCAAAGUAACAGAUGAAUUUGCUGGGAAAUAUCGAUUUGAGGCUGAUGGGCGUAAAACUGAAUGUGUGAUUGAUGUUGAAGAUCCACCAAGAUUCAGUGACAAGGAAAUUGAAUCAUUUGCAAAACCAAUUGUGAUCAAACACAAUCAGAAAGCCUCCUUCAAAAUUCCACUUAUUGGCCGUGAGCCAUUCAAAGUCCAGUGGUACAAAGAUGGUGAAGAGCUCACACCAGACUCUCACUGCAAGAUUGAGAUUUCAGAGGGUGAAAGCCGUCUGCUUCUCAUCAAACUACAGCGUAAAGACACCGGGGAAAUAAAAAUCAAAGUCAAAAAUGAGUUUGGUACAGCUGAAGCUAUUUCUAAUCUAAUUGUACUUGAUAAACCAACCCCCCCACUUGGACCACUGGAGAUCAUUGAGGCAUCUGCCAACUGCAUUGAGAUCAAGUGGAGACCACCAAAAGACAAUGGUGGUUGCCCUAUUAAACAUUACAUAGUUGAGCGUAACCAAAUUGGACGCAACACAUGGAAAAAGAUAGGCCAGAUCCCAGGUGAAGCUCACUACAGAGACAGCGAUGUUGACCAUGGCAGGAGAUACUGUUAUCGUAUCAGAGCCGAGACUGAUGAGGGCAUCAGUGAACUGAUGGAGACUGAGGAUGUGCAGGCUGGCACUAAAGCAUAUCCUGGUCAGCCAUCUGCUCCUAAAGUAGCCAGUGCCUUCAAAGACUGCAUUAACCUGACAUGGAGUCCUCCGACCAACACUGGAGGAACCAGUAUUUUGGGUUAUAACUUAGAGAAACGCAAGAAGGGCAGCAACUUGUGGGGCCAAGUCAAUCCAACAGAUCAACCAAUCCAAGCAAAGAAAUAUGCUGUAAAAGAUGUAGUUGAAGGAAUGGAGUAUGAGUUCCGUGUGUCAGCCAUCAACAUAUCUGGAGCUGGUGAAUCAAGUAAUCCCUCAGAAUUUGUGUUUGCAAGAGAUCCCAAAAAACCUCCUGGUAAAGUCAUUGACCUUAAAGUGACUGACUCAACCUACACUACCUUAUCCUUGUCUUGGACAAAACCAAAAGAAGAGCCUGGUGUUCAGAAUGAGGCCAAGGGAUACUUUGUGGAUGUCAGACCUGCUGAAAACACAGAAUGGGAUCGAUGCAACACAAAUGCCAUCAUCAUGACCUCUUACACUGUAAAGGGACUGAAAUCAAUGGCCAUGUAUUGGGUUAGAGUGAUCGCCGUCAAUGAAGGUGGAGAGGGUGAGCCACAGGAGCUGAACAACUAUAUCUUGGCUAUGCCUCCUCCAGUGAGACCGAGAUUCACGGAUUCUAAGAUCAAGAGCUUCAUGGUGGUCAGAGCUGGAAAUUCUGCAAGAUUCAACAUCAACUUUGAGGCUUCUCCAUGGCCUGAUGUCAUCUGGCUUAAAGAUGCUAUCCCUGUGUCCAAACGUAUCACUAUUAGCAAUGCUGAGGGAGGCUCUCAGAUCCUGAUCCCAUCUGCAGAUCGCUCCGAUACAGGAAUCUAUACCAUCAUUGUCAAGAAUGUUGUGGGACAAGAGACCUUCAGUAUUGAGAUUAGAGUUACAGACGAGCCAAAGCCCCCAGGCCCCAUAGUGUUGGAUGAGAAUGUUCCGGGCACAGUGACAGUUUCCUGGGAACCAUCCCCAGACGAGAAACGUGAUGAUCGCUUGCAUUACAUGGUGACCGAGAGAGACUCGAGCAAGAGGUCCUGGCACACUGUAGCAGACCGUAUCUUUAACAACCGUUUCACAGCCUGUAACAUCAUGCCAGGGAGAGAAUACCAGUUCCGUGUGUGCUCCAAAAAUGACAUUGGCCUGUCUGCCCCUUCGGAGUCACCAAAAUGGCUAAUCACAUGCAAGAAAGAAAAAUUCACACUGAACAUCCCAGAGUCCAAGACCUGCAACUUGGAGAGUACUCCAAGGUUUAUGGUUCCCCUAAAAAUCCACACAGCCCCACAAGGCUACGAGUGCUACAUGAGCUGUGCUGUGAGGGGCAACCCCACACCCCACGUCACCUGGUACCGCAACAAUGUCAGCCUUAACACUGACACCAACUACCACAUCACUAACACCUGUGGAGUGUGCUCCAUGCUCAUUCUCAGGGUUGGAGCCAAAGACAUGGGAGAAUAUAAAGUCAUAGCUGAGAGCUCACUGGGAAGAGCAGAAUGCACCACCAAUCUCACAGUGAGAGAAUAAAACCUUGACGUGGGGAGGAUGUCAAAAAUACAGCAUGCAA